AUGGACAUUCUUGCUAUAAAAAAACUCCGACUGCGAUUCGAGUGUGGAUUCAGUCCACAUGAGAUAGGCAGAAAAGAAGAACUUCUCGCAACUUUGGAAAUUUCCACUUGCGUCAAAGCUGCUGCUCGAAAUGACGACUUGGAUGAAAGCGUCGAUUUAGAGAAACUUACCACAACUGUUAUCUCCGAUUUCGAAGGCUCGAACUUCAACCUUAUCGAAACAGCCGCUAAUCGCAUGGCAUUUUUGUGCUUAACCUUCUCAAGGAGAAUAAAAUCUGUGAAAGUGUUACUAGAGAAACCAGGAGCUAAUAGGUUUGCGCAACAAUGGUCAAUUACCAUUUCAAGAUGUCUAGAAGAUUAUCCAAUCCGUCAACUAGCAAUUUCGACCGGAUCGAAUAAAAAUGCUAAAUUUAAUAUUCAAUCAGCCAUUAAAAAAAUCGACCAAUUUUUUGACUCAAUUGAAAAAAUUUCCAAAUAUUAUGUGACCAAAAGCAUUGGCAAACAUGGAGAAAUCGACCCGAAUAAAGAAGAUUUCAUCAACGCAUGCUGUUUGAUCACAACACGAAUGGAUAAGUUCAUGGCUAAAAGUCAGCUCCGAAAAAUUGAGGCGACGCUUGGUCGCAUUCGAGAUCCAAAUGAUAAAUUUGCAGCCUGUGAAAUUGAUUUAGAUAUUACGUUUGAGGGAAAAAUUGGCAAAGAUUUUUCGGAAAACGCAUUUCUGGACGUACACGAGGUGAAAAAUUUUGCCCAUGUUAUUGUGCCACUGAGUGACGUCAUGCCCGAUUUGUACGACUACCAGUUGCGAGAUACCAUCCUUGGGGCUGCGCAGAAGAAAACGGGCUUGACUAACCCAAGCGACUACUUCGAAACAUGUGAAAUUUAG